AGUCGAGAUAGAGUCUAGCUCGAUGGCGACGUUGAUGAUGACGAUGGCGAUUACCAUGCUGAUGCUGAUGACGACCACCAUGAUGCCGAUUCGAGCGGUAGUCGGAGCAGAGGGGAUCUCGACAGCUAAGAGAGGGAGGGAGUCCGUUGCGGGAAGGGAUUGCGCACAGCAUGACAUCGGCGGCGACGUGCGAGGAGAGAGAAGGCUGCAGGCAGACCCCUCGCCGUCAUUCUCCAUCACAAACACCACUCUUCUAGGAGGUUCCCGAGUGGUUUUGACCGUUGCCAGUCUGUUCGGUACUUCAUCUGGUACCCUUGCGUGUUUUACAUGGGUGAGGAGAGCUGUAUUUACCACCGAGAGGGGGGUGUUCUUCUUCGUGCAACACGAUGACUGCUGGAAUACGACUACGAAGAGCCAUGUCAAGGGGGGUCGGUCUCUGCACAAGGGUGAUUUGCGAGGCAUGGCCAACUCCGGGGAGGCAGAGGGCAACUCCUCCCUCCUCACUCUACCAUGGACGUCGCAGAAUCCGAACGGCACUGCGGUAAUGACGGCUGAGAGCGGGGAUCCUCACUUCUUCUGGGGGUUCGAUCUGUCGCGGAACGAGGGGUAUAUUGUUGCACCCGUUGAGUGGGGGCUGGCAUUUAUCAGCAAGAUGGAUGGGUCCAGGACCACCUACGGUAUCCCCAAAUUCGGCGCUAAUUUCGGUGCGUUCAAUCCUAACCGCACGAUUCUGUACAUAGCAAGACGUCGCUGCCUUGAGUGCUCUGUCAUGGAUGGCGAGUCUCCCGACAGCUUCGUCAGCGACUUCAGAACUGUAGCAUGCGCUAAUGACAACAGAAGUUGGGCCUCUCUCUCCUUCGGUCAUCGAAGCUUCCUCCAAGAUGGGAGCUACCUAUACGCUAGGGAUGACGUCAACGCGACAAUUUUAGGUUUCGACCUAAUUACCGGGACAUGGGGCACUGUAACUGGGACCGAAAUACCUAAUUACGUGGCUGAUAACCAUAACCCUGUUGGGGUAUUUAGCUCAAGGGAAAUUGCGCUGACUCAAGAUGGGUGCAAUCUGUUCUUCGUCGCAUACGGGGGGACCAAUAUCAUGCGGGUGGCUUUCGAUAAACCGGGAGGCCACGUGGUCAGGGUUGACAUGGUGGCAAGAUGCGUCCUGGCGGGCGGAUGCAGCGUCGGGAGCAUUGCUUUGGAUAACGAUGACAGUCAUUUGUACGUGUCCAUCCAUACUGGGCAGCUGUUUCAAAUGCCAAUCAACGAGGUAGGACUGCACCGAUGCAGCGGUGCAUUCUCAACGUCGGCAUUACCGACAAGCAGUAGUUCGGCCGAUCCAUCGUCGUUGGAAACUUCUUCGCCGGGAACUGCCCAAACAUCACCCACUGUCAGGGGAGGUGUCAGUGGUGGCGUGAUGGCUGGCGUGGUUGUGGCAGUUGCUCUGGUCGCUUUUCUUCUAGGUGGCGCUCUUGUCUUCCUCGUUUCUCGUUCUAGAAAAUCAGCGAUGGCGACAUCUGGGGGUAUGACAGCAAGGUCUUCUGCUCUCGAACCCCCGGUAGCGAAGUCUUCAGCUCUCGAGCGCCGGAUUUAGGUUUGCAACUCAGCUUAUACUCACACUGGCACUUUCUAGAAUGCAUCUGACUGCCGUCACGGCCAGA